AUGACUAUUGGAGGCAUGGAAACAGUUGAAGUGUUCAAUCAAGAAGGCAAAGGCAGGGGACUGAAAGCAACAAAAGAAUUUUGGGCUGGAGAUGUAAUUUUUGCAGAGCGAGCCUAUGCUGCAGUGGUAUUUGACAGCCUCACUCACCUUGUCUGCCACACUUGCUUCAAGAGGCAUGAGAAACUCCAUCGUUGUGGCCAGUGCAAGUUUGCCCACUACUGUGAUCGCACCUGCCAGAAGGAUGCCUGGCUGAACCACAAGAGUGAAUGUUCUGCAAUCAAAAAGCGUGGGGCAGCUCCAAAUGAAAACAUCAGAUUGGCUGCCAGAAUCCUGUGGAGAAUUGAAAGAGAAGGAGGGAGCCUUACCGAGGGGUGUCUGGUUUCCAUUGACAGUCUGCAAAACCAUGUAGAACAUUUUGGGGAGGAGGAAAAGAAGGAGCUGAGGAUGGAUCUGGAGAGUUUUCUGGAGUUCUGGCCACCUGAGAGCAAACAGUUUGGCAUGCAAUACAUCUCCCACAUAUUGGGUGUGAUCAAUUGCAAUGGUUUCACACUGAGUGACCAAAGAGGACUUCAGGCAGUUGGCGUGGGCAUUUUCCCCAAUCUUUGCUUGGUGAAUCAUGAUUGUUGGCCCAAUUGCACUGUCAUCUUUAACAAUGGCAAUCAUGAGGCUGUAAGAUCAAUGUUCCACACCCAGAUGAGGGUAGAGCUACGUGUAUUGAGUAAGAUCUCUGUAGGAGAAGAGCUGACUGUUUCCUAUAUAGACUUUCUCAAUGUCAGUGAAGACAGAAAGCAGCAACUGAAAAAACAGUAUUAUUUUGACUGUACCUGUGAGCAUUGCCAGAAAGGAACCAAAGAUGACCUGAUGUUGGCUUUAAAAGAGGGAGAUGAAAAGCCAUCUCAAGAAGUGGUGAAAGAGAUCAUUCAGUUUUCCAAAGAAACCAUGAAAAAAGUUGAUAAAGCUCGUUCAGAUGGGAUAUACCAUGAAGUGGUGAAAUUGUGCCGAGAUUGUCUAACAAGGCAGGAAGCAGUCCUGGGAGAAACCAAUAUUUAUCUGCUGCGAAUUCUUAGCAUCUUGUCCGAAGUUCUCUCUUACCUCCAGCUCUUCAAUGAGGCUUCUGGCUAUUCAAAACAGAUGGUGGAUGGUUACCUAAAGCUUUACCAUCCCAAAAAUGCCCAGCUUGGGAUGGCACUCAUGAGAGCUGGGGUCACCCACUGGCAUGCUGGGCUUAUUGAAGCAGGCCAUGGGAUGCUUUGCAAAGCUUAUGCUAUUCUUUUGGUGACACACGGACCCACUCAUCCAAUUACCAAAGAUCUGGAAGCCAUGCGUAUUCAGUCUGAGAUGGAGCUACGCAUGUUCCAGCAGAAUGAAUUUAUGUAUUACAAGAUGAGAGAGGCAGCUCUGAAGAACCAAAAGAUCCAGAUCAUGCCUGAGCCCACCAACGAGGCUUCAGUUGGCCUCUUUCAGAAGAAGCAAUAAUAAGCUCCUUUGCUGAUCUGAACAUGCAUCCCCAUAUUCCUGCAGCUACUGCACCAUCAGCAUUUCCUGUGCUAAGAGAAAGACAGU